AUUUUCCCACAAACGACUGCCUUCACUUGACACAACACAAACAGCGUUUCACUGAGGCGCUGUGGAGGAAAGCGGCAGAAUCCACUCCGCUCGCUCUCCGCACAUAUUGCGCUCAGAGGACGAGAGCCGGGGCCGUUUGUAUGCAAUCCCGUCUGCGGCGACAGGCUGCAGGAUCAUAAAGACGAAGAGGAUUUGAAUUAAGCACCGGAUAACAGACAGCAACUCUGCAUCCCUUGGUGAGGGAGGGAGAGGAGGGAGGCAACUGUUUUGUAGCUAUCUUGGAAGCCCUGGGUUUGGAGAGGGGGGGAGGAGGAGCGGAGAAUGAGCUAUUCUUGUACCAGCAGAGGCAACAGCCAGGACCCAUCAAGCGCCAAGAAGCCUGCCGGUAGUAAUCCAGGCAGAGACACCGGAGGUACCGACAGCGGCACAGACAGCACCAGUAACUGCAGCCCCAAGCAAACGGCGGCGAUGAAAGUGAAGAAAGGCUGCAACUCGACCGACGUGGGGGUCCCGGUGACCACCGAGGAGCAACUGCUCGCCAGCGCGGUGAUCACUCCGGAGGAUGUUCUGGGCUUGCAGAAGAUCACAGAGAAUUAUUUGUGCAGCCCAGAGGAGAACAUUUACAACAUCGACUUCACCAGGUUCAAGAUCAGAGACAUGGAGACCGGCACAGUGCUGUUUGAAAUCACCAAACCUCCAUCCACAGAUAAAGCAAGUGAGAAGAGGGAUAUUGACCCAAACGCCGGUCGGUUCGUCCGUUACCAGUUCACCCCUGCGUUUCUCCGACUGCGGCAAGUUGGAGCCACUGUUGAGUUCACAGUGGGAGAUAGGCCGAUAGAGAAUUUCAGGAUGAUUGAGAGGCACUAUUUCAGAGAGAAGUUGCUCAAGAGUUUUGACUUUGAGUUUGGCUUUUGCAUGCCCAGCAGCAAGAACACCUGUGAACAUAUCUAUGAAUUCCCACCUCUGUCUGAAGACAUCAUCAGAGAGAUGGUCCUGCACCCGUAUGAGACGCAGUCGGACAGCUUCUACUUUGUGGACAAUAAGUUAGUGAUGCACAACAAGGCAGACUACUCGUACAACGGCGGGACGUAGAGGUGGCACGCCAACACGAGAGACAGGCGGCGUUAUGGACUAACCUGAGGGACGAUCAAAGUACACCGGUGGGGAUAACAGCCUGUCGACACUGCAGUCUCUCUCCCCCCUCCCUCUCUCUUUCUUUCUCGUUCUUUCUCGUUCUGAGAGGAUGCCGUCAAUAAAAGGCCCAUACAGAUGUGUCAUUUACAGUCUGUGUGUGUGUGUGUGUGUGUGUGUGUGUGUGUGUGUGUGUGUGUGUGUGUGUGAGCACACCUGAGUUUAUCAAAGCCUAGCAGGAAGUACACAAACACACACACACACACACACAUUGAUGCUCACAGUUCACAACUUGAUGUGAUGUCGCUGUAACAAAGUGUGUUUGUAACACGAUAAACUUGCAAGUAAGUAACUUCUUAGGACUCAUCAGAUGGAUUUUGCUCUCUAGCCACGUCAUGAAGUGAAAAUGAAAAAAAAAAAUCUUUGAUUAUUGAUAGAAAUAAUUUUUUUCAUUCCUGUACAUGUUAGGGAUUAGAAACGCAUCUGAAAACGUGUGUUUUUAGGACUUAAAAACAGUUUUUCGGAAAUGUGUUCUCAGACUCAGUGAGUUUAUGUGUGUGUCUUUGUAUGUGUGUGUAUGUGUGUGUGUGUGUGUGUGUGUGUCUUGGUUGCCUGUAUGUCUGCGUGCGUCAGUUUGAAGCAUGAUUACUGGUCUGGUAAAAAUAUAUUCAUUUAAAUGUCAAUUACGUGAUCAUCUGGUUGGCAAGGUUCAAAUAGAUUUCCAAAGCCUGUUAGUGCAUUUUCUACACAGUAGGCAGUACGUAGUUAUUUUAUCAUUCCCUUCCCUGUCCCUUUGUUCCCUAUUUAUUUCUCCAGCUGUGUGAUCUGUAUUAACCGUAGGGCAUUUGUGUUUAUUGUAUCUGCUCAAAGCACAACAGUUUCACAACAAUCAGGAAGCGUAUAAAGGUGAGCUGAUCUGAUAUGAAAUGUACUUUGUCAUCUGUGCACCAACUGUACUUCCUGCCUCAUGUUUCUUUAAGUGAUGAAGAAAACUUUAGAGAGGUGCAAAUCAUGUCCAAGUUUCAAGAGAGAACUGAAGGAAAACUUGAGUUAGUGAAUGUUUGUUUUCAAUCAGAACUGUUCUGCAAAAAGAAAGAAAGAAAGAAAGAAAGGAUGGAUGGAGAAUGUAGCAUCAUUUAAACACAUCACCCUUAAAUCCCUUCCCAUGUUGUUUCUUUCUCCAGACGUCUCAUCAUGUCUUGUAUGGUAUGAAUAUUUUCUCUUCACUUUUUUCUCUCUUUGGUUCCGAGUCUUCUGUCACAUUGUUUUCAUUCAGAAACAUUCCAGCGAUUUGGACCCGAGUGUUAUCUUUUUUUUUUUUUUUUUAAGGCAUUUAUUCACUCGGGAUUCCUCCAAACUAUAAUAUGCUCACUGUGCUUUUUUUGUCUGUUCGUGCUGAGACUCGAAAGCAUCCAAAUAGUUUCCUGCAUUUUUUCCUCUAAUUUGAUGCACUUGAAAUUCUAUUUAGUUUAUGUUACUGAUCAUUUUAAAGAUUCUAAAUUUAAACUGCAGUGCAUUCAGACAGAUACUGCAGAUGCUCUUUGAUCAAACAUCUGUGAAUAACAGCAGCUAACUGAAAGGAAAUUACUCGAAUGCACUUGCUGAGUGUUCAAAUUAACAGGAAAAGUGUGGAUAUUGAUUCAAACUGGCACUGCUUUGUUGUUUUUGGGCCUGCACAAGAGACAUAGUAUGAAACAUUGUAAAAGUUGUGAAAUGAACAGGAGGGGACUCAGAUUUGACUUAAUCAGAUAUUAAGCUGAUUAACUUGAAUGUUAUUUUAAAAAAAAAGUAAUACAGAUAUGUAGAACAGAUUUAUAUAUGACCGUGACUCGUACAAAUUAUUUUGAACUUGGGAAGUUUUUGAUGAUACAAAUGUUGGUGUGACUGAAAAAAGUAAAAUAAAGAUUUAAAGGACUUUUUGAAAUA